CGGCAUGUGUAGCCGGCGAGUAGCGUGAGGCUGCUGCUUCUGGAAUGUUCUUCCACAGGAUCUAUAUAUGAAGCGGCGCCUCCUCCUCCUCCAGCAGCCCCGCACUCGCAGCUCCCGGCACGGCAGCCGUCUCCUCGGCUCUCCCGACUUCCAUAGUGCCCGCACUUCGCUCCUCAAGCCCUCGUUAACAUGUCUGUGGUCGGCUUCGACCUUGGAUUCCAAAACUGUCAUGUCGCCAUCGCCCGAGCUGGUGGCAUCGAGACUGUAGCCAAUGAGUUCAGCGACAGAUGCACGCCGGCUGUGGUGUCUUUCGGAACAAAGAACAGAACAAUUGGCGUUGCCGCUAAGAAUCAGCUAAUCACAAAUGCAACCAACACAGUAUACAACUUCAAGAAGCUCCACGGGCGAGCAUUUAAAGACCCUUUGGUCCAGAAGGAGAAGAAUAAGUUGGCUUAUGAGCUGGUCCAGACAGACAGUGGAGGUGUUGGAUUACGGGUGAUGUACAUGGAUGAACCUCACAUAUUCAGUGUAGAACAGAUAACUGCAAUGCUUUUGACAAAACUCAAGGAGACGGCAGAGAGCAACCUGAAGAAGCCGGUGACGGACUGUGUCAUAUCGGUUCCCUCGUUCUUCACAGAUUCUGAGAGGAGAUCCGUGCUGGAUUCAGCGCAGAUCGUUGGCUUGAACUGUCUAAAACUGAUGAAUGACAUGACAGCGGUUGCCUUGAACUAUGGCAUUUAUAAGCAAGAUCUCCCAGCUCCGGAGGAAAAACCCAAGAUUGUGGUUUUUGCUGAUAUGGGACAUUCAUCUUUCCAAGUUUCUGCCUGUGCCUUCAAUAAGGGCAAGUUAAAGGUUUUGGGCACUGCUUUUGACCCCUACCUGGGAGGAAGGGACUUUGACGAGAAACUGGUUGAACACUUUUGUACGGAGUUCAGAAGCAAAUAUAAGUUGGAUGUGAAGUCAAAGAUCCGAGCACUACUGCGUCUGUACCAGGAAUGUGAGAAGCUGAAGAAGCUCAUGAGCAGCAACAGCACCGACCUGCCGCUUAACAUUGAAUGCUUCAUGAAUGAUAUCGACGUGUCGGGACGGAUGAGCAGGUUGGAGUUUGAAGGGUUCUGUGCAGACCUCUUACACAGAAUUGAUGCCCCCCUGCGCUCUCUAAUGGAACAGAUCCAACUUCGAGUAGAGGAUAUCGCUGCCGUAGAAAUCAUCGGCGGCGCCACUCGGAUUCCGGCUGUGAAGGAACGCAUUGCUAGGUUUUUCGGGAAGGAUGUCAGCACCACUUUAAUUGCAGAUGAAGCAGUUGCAAGAGGUUGCGCACUCCAGUGUGCAAUUCUCUCGCCGGCCUUCAAAGUUAGAGAGUUUUCAGUCACGGAUGUCGUACCGUACCCCAUCUCCCUGAAGUGGAGCACAGAAGGCGAUGAGGCCGAAGGAUUCCAUGAAGUCUUCAACAAGAACCAUGCAGCUCCCUUCUCGAAAGUCCUCACUUUCUACCGAAAGAAUCCUUUCCAGCUGGAAGCCUAUUAUUCUGAUCCUUCUUGUGUCCCUUAUACAGAAGCAAAAAUAGGUCAGUUUGUUGUUCAGAAUAUUGCUUUAUCUAAAGAUGGAGAAAAGGCUAAAGUAAAGGUGAAGGUCCGCGUGAACACCCACGGCAUUUUCAGCGUUUCUACGGCUUCUGUGGUAGAGAAAAUGGAAGUGGAUGAAGCUGAAGAACAAGCUACGGAAAGUGGAGUGGAAGCAAAGAAGCAAGGAUCUGUGGAAGUUAUGGAAGAUGAUAAGUCAGUCCAGCAAGAUCACCCUGAUGCUGGAGCACAGCCCCAGGUACAAACUGAUGAGCAACCGUCUGCUCCUCCAUCCGAGCCCAGCAGUGAGGAGCAAAAAAUGUCUGACACUGAAAAAGUGGAGAAGAAGAGUGAUAAACCUCCCGAGGCCAAGAAGCCAAAGAUCAAAGUAAAGAAUACUGAAGUGCCCAUUGAAGCAAAUUUUGUGUGGCAGCUGCGAAGAGACCUGCUCAAUAUGUACAUUGAGAAUGAAGGAAAGAUGAUUCUUCAGGACAAGUUGGAGAAGGAGAGGAAUGACGCUAAGAAUGCUGUAGAGGAAUAUGUCUAUGAAUACAGAGACAAGCUGUCUGGGCCCUAUGGCAAAUUUAUCGGUGAAAGGGACCUGAGUCGAUUUUUAGAACUUUUAACAGAAACUGAGAACUGGUUGUAUGAAGAUGGAGAGGAUGAGUCCAGACAGCUGUAUGUUGAGAAGCUGGAGGAGCUUAAGAAACAUGGAAAUCCAGUUAAUGAACGUUACAGAGAAGCGGAGGAGCGGCCAAAAUUGUUUGGUGAUCUUGGCCAAAGGUUGCAGCACUACAGAAAGAUUGUAGAGGAAUACAAGAACCAGAGUGAGGCGUAUCAGCACAUCAGUGCUACGGACAUGGAGAAAGUAGAGAAAUGUGUCCGGGAAACCAUGGAAUGGAUGAAUAAUGCAAUGAAUCUCCAAGCUAAGCAGCAAUUGGAUCAGAGCCCAGCUGUAUAUACCCAUGAAAUUAAAGCACAGCUUUCUGCAUUGAACAGCAGCUGCCAUCGCAUAGUAACGCAGCCGAAACCUAAGGAGGAAUCGCCCAAAUCUGACAAAGCGGUAAAUGGCAUGAAUCACAGCAAUGAAGACCUUGAAACUCAGAAAAACAAAACCGUCCCUACUUCUGAGCAGAAUGGAGAUUGCCAUCCAAAUGAGAAGGGGACUAUUGAUAUGGACUUGGAUUAAAGGGCUCUGUUUGCCAAAUCUCCUGUUACAGGGACUCGCUGGAAUCUGCUCCUGGUUCCUUUUGCUUUACAUGUGCAACCUCCUGUAAAUGAAGAUUUAUUCCAGUUUUUUUUUCUUCUUUUUUUUUUUCUCCAGUUCUUCUGUACUAUCUGACCAAACACUGUCCAUAAGACUAUUUAUUAAAACCUGUCGAAUUUUUAGGAUUUAUUUUUGUCUAAGUGUUAUGUAUUUGUUUGUUUUCUUUCACUAUAUAUUAUACUGCACAGGACUAGAUUAAGAGACGCCUUGUUAACGUGGAGGAGAAAAAGAAAAAUUCCUGUGGAAUUGUGAAUUUCAUAUCAGGCUUCUGAGUAGAACGGACUCUAUAAAGCACAGAGGGAACGGCAGAGUUUGUGUCGCGGUCGGAGGGAGCGCAUACUCUUGUUUGGCUUUUGCUGCAUGCCAUGAGGAUAUCUAGCAAGUCUUCUGGAAAUGGCCUUUUGGAUUUAUUACCUUAGAACACUUCAGUUAAAACAGUUUUUUUUUUUUUUCGCGAAAUGCAGGGUUUUCAUUUUGGCACUGAUAUCCGCGUUAAGUGCAUUUUUCUUACUUUUGGCGAUUCUAGAAAAGGUUGCAAAGUGAAAGAUGUGCUUGAUAGUAUUGUACUUGUCGUGGAGCCUUUAGAGAAAAUAAAGUUCUAUG